AUGCCUCUCUUUUACGUGAAAGAAGUGCCAAUAGGUGCAGUAGCAAUCAUGCUCGCCCUUGUGGCAUCUAUGGGCGGUUUCAUUUUCGGCUACGACACCGGUCAGAUAUCUGACAUCCUUCUCAUGGACGACUUUAAAUCACGAUUCGCCCAAUGUGGGACACCAGGAGAUGUUGGGACGUGCGAGUUCUCAAUGGUGCGAGCAGGGCUGAUUGUCAGCCUUCUGUCUAUUGGAACGCUGGUUGGCGCGCUGGCAGGUGCUCCCAUUGCAGACGCGCUGGGCAGGCGAUGGGCGAUGAUCGUGGAGUGCGGCGUGUUUAUUGUAGGGGUGAUCAUCCAAUUACUGUCCUUUUCCUCUUGGCAGCAGUUCGCGGUCGGCAGACUGGUUAGCGGUCUGGGAGUAGGUGCACUGAGCGCUGCCGUACCUAUGUAUCAAGCAGAAACAGCACCACCACAGAUUCGAGGCACUCUCACAGCAACAUAUCAACUUUUCAUCACUUUUGGCAUUCUAGUGGCCUAUUGUAUCUCUAUCGGUACCCGCUCUGUCUCGGGAUCGGGGUCGUGGCGCAUCGUCGUGGCCAUCGGCAUCAUCUGGGCGCUCGUACUCGCAGUCGGCAUGCUUUUCAUGCCUGAGUCUCCUCGUUGGCUUGCCGCGCGUAACCGUAUCGAGGAGGCUCGUCGCUCCGUUGCCCUUUCGCGAGGUGUCUCGGCUUCAGAACGGCAAACUAAUGCCUUUGUCGUUCGCGAGGUUGAGCAGAUCAGAAUGAUGGCUGAAAGAGAGAGAAAGCUACAGGCCGGGUGGCUCACCUGCUUCGAGUCGAAGGGGAAGACGAGAUACCGGACUUUCCUUGGAAUGGCCCUUCAGGCGCUUCAACAGCUCACGGGGGCAAACUACUUCUUCUACUAUGGCGCCACUGUCUUCCAAUCAGUCGGCCUCGCGGACUCUUUUAUAACCCAGAUUAUUCUCGGUGCAGUUAAUUUCGUCUGCACCUUCGGCGGCUUGUGGGUCCUCGAACGUUACGGUCGCAGAAUCCCAUUGAUGAUUGGCGGAAUAUGGCAAUCGGCGUGGUUGUUCGUCUUCGCUGCUGCUGGCACCGUGAUGGGUCCUGUCGACCCGAACGAACCUGUCUCAGAGAAGAACCAAAGCUUAGGGAAAUUGAUGAUCGUUGCUGCGUGCAUGUUUAUCUUGGGUUACGCCAUGACUUGGGCACCCGGCAUCUGGAUUCUCAUUGGCGAGACGUUCCCGACCCGCACACGGGCGAAACAAGGAGCUUUAUCCACGUCAUCCAACUGGCUGUUCAACUUCCUGUUGGCAUUCUUUACCCCAUUUAUCGCUGGUGAUAUCAACUUCCGCUACGGCUUCGUUUUUGCCGCGUGCAACUUGUUUGGCGCCCUGGUUGUAUAUUUCUUCCUAUACGAAUCAUCCGACCUGACACUUGAGAGUGUUGACGAUAUGUACACCGAUCGUCACUGCAAGCCAUGGACUUCCAGGUCUUGGGCGCCAGAAGGCUACGCUUCGCGAGAGGAGUAUGCCCGUUUGCGAGGCGACGGAGAGAAGAAGACGGCGAUUCCUGAAGGGGACAGUCGAGACUCUAGCCCUCAUAGCGAUGCGAGGACGGGCCCAUACGCUGCCCAAGGUGGGCCAGGAGUAGAGAAGCAAAGUGGCAACGAGGCCCAUGGUGCGUCAGCGUUUGAUCCUUCCGGAGAGAAGCGGACGGAGAGUCUUGAGCACAGAGAACAUGCUGUAUAA